AUGGCAUCUACAACAGGACAACAAUACCUCGACAUUGAAAUUAAAGAUGACAUGAAGUAUGACAUCCGAAUCGAAAAUGCUCAUAUAGAAAGCGGCGAGUUUUACAGGGAGGGUGACCAAAACGAUACCCUAACCACCGACGACAUUGAAGAUAUGAUUAUUCGCCAUAACGGGGGUCUGCGGCAUGUCUGUUCCUGUGGCGAAGAAAAAGGCUUCAAGGGGCUGCAAGGCACAAUUGACCUCAUCGACGAUGUAAAGGAUGCCAGAAUCUGCACCCUAGCAUGGAAUGCUCCUAUGGAGCCUGGAAAGAGGAAUACAUUCAUGCUGCGUGAUCAGGACCCACGAUACAAUAUCAACAUCGGAAAGUGGAAUGAAUCCGGUAUCUUGGGCAGGGUUCCAGUUACCAUCAGCGACGAGUAG